AUGGGCACCGUGGGGAGUCUCUCCUCCGUCCAGACUUCCCAGAGGACUUCUCUGCCGCCCACCCUGCCGCUGCGCCCGCCCCGUGCCCGUGCCCGCCCCCGCUUCUCGUUUGAACCGGACCCCCGCAGCCUCUUGGCAGAGGUGCCCUCUGGGCACCCGGGGGGGCCAGCCCUGGCAGAACGGCGCGGCGGUGCUUUGCUUCGAAGGGGCUGCAGUGGGGCUGAGCAUCUCGGAAAGGGAUGCCGUGUUUUUCCUGAGGAGCCCCCGAAGAGGACCCAGAAGCAGCUGCACCAGGACCUCUGGAAGGAGCUGACGGAAGAGCUAGAGAGCAGCUCCGACAGUGAUGGGGGCAGCUCCACCGAGGGAGAGGAUGAGGACGAGGAAGGCCAGGCCUGGGGGGACGCCCCCACUCCCCUCACUGAGUUCCGAGCCCUCAAGCAAGAAGCCGUGGCAAAGAUGCAGCCCGAGGGGAAAGAUUCGCCCAGUGAAAAGCCUCCGGAGUCCCCCCUCCUCUCGGUGGUGUCCCACCUCCUCUCCUUCCUGGAGCAUUACAGCCAGAUGCAGCAGCUGCAGGAGACGGCCGGCGCCUACCGCUCCCGCCUGGAGAAGGAGGAGAGCCGCCGGCGGAAGCAGCUGCGGGGACUCAAGAGGGCCUGCCGGCAGCGGUUGAGGGACCAGGUCCUCCUCAUCGGGAGCCUGGACGGCAUCAUCUUGGAGCAGCAGGCACUCCUGGAGAAGAUGCAGGCAGCACCGGCGGGGGUGCACCAUCUGGUGGAGUCCCUCAGCGCCCUCCAGGGGGAGAGAAGUCGACUGGCAGAGGAGGUGGCCGGCCUGCGCCAGCGGGCGGACGAGCAGGAGAGGGAGAAGCAGCGGCUGGCGGGCAGCUUCCAGCGUCAGAUCCAAGGCCUGAAGGAGCAGAUCCAAGAGCGGGAAGAAGAACUGGAGCAGCUUCGCCUGGGCACGGGCGUGACCGACUCCGAGAAGCGCAUCCACAACCUGACGGUGGAGAACGAGGGGCUAAAGCAAAGCCUGAACAUCACCCAGGGGCUCCUGCAGCAGCUGGCCACCACCCCCACCCCUCCACCGCCCCUGCUGGUCAAGGAGAACUCCGACCUUCGCGCCAAGGUGGAGCGCCUGGAGGCCAGCCUGCAGCAGAAGGUGGAGGAGCUGAUGGGGCUGGAGGGCCAGAUGGACCGGCUGCGGUGGCGCAAGGAGGAGGAGGCGCGCCGCUUGGAGGAGGACCUGCGGGGGCUCCGGCUCUCCCUGGAGGCCCAGAAAGACUGGGCCCCCGAGGUGCAGUACAUCACCAAGACCGUGGAGGUGGACUCCCCGCGCACCCUGCAGGCUGUGGCCGACGCCGAGGAGCAGAACCGGAUGCUGGUGGAACAACUCGCGGGCCAGGCGGAGCAGUGCCGGCAGCUGACGGAGCGGCUGCACAGCUCCGAGGAGAUCGCAGCUGGCCUGAGGCUCAAGAUCUCCGAUUACGAGUCCGAGAUCGCUGGACUCCGCCAGCAGCUGCUUUGCGAGAUCCAUCAGCUGGAGGCUCAGAAAGAAGAGGCGAUCCGCGAGGCCUCUCAGUGCUCCGAACAACACCUCCAGCGUUUGCAGAAACAGCUGGCAGGCGUACAGCAGCGUCUGGACACCCUCCAGCCUCUCCUCAGGGGCAUGAAGGCCGACUACAGCCACCUGCGCGGACAGGUGCGCAGCUUUGCCGAGUGUUACGAAGCUGCCCUCGAGGAGGCUCGGCAAAAGAUGGGCUCAGCCCUCCACGAGGUCGCCCACAGUGCUCAUUCACUGCAAGAGCGCUACCAGCGGGAGGUGCACCUUCGCAAGAAGUACCACGACCAGCUGUUGGAGCUGAAAGGGAACAUCCGGGUCUUGUGCCGCCUGAAGCCCCCGGCCGAGGAGGAGCAGGAGGAGCGGGAGGGAGAUGGGGGCGCCACGGUGGAAGCCGACUCCACGGACGACGGGACCGUGACCACCUGCUACAAAGGGAAGUCGCGCGCCUUCAGGCUGGACAAGGUCUUCCUGCCACAGGCCACCCAGGAGGAGGUCUUCCAGGAGGUCGAGCCGCUGGUCGCCACCUGCCUGGACGGCUACAACGUCUGCAUCUUUGCCUAUGGCCAGACGGGCUCCGGGAAGACGUACACCAUGGAGGGUGUCCCAGAUAACCCCGGGAUCAACCAGCGAGCGUUGCAGACCCUCUACCGGGAGAUGGAGGCCAAGGAAGGGAGCUGGACCUUCUCCGUCGGCCUCAGCAUGGUGGAGAUUUACAACGAGGUGAUCAGGGAUCUCCUCGGAAAGGAUUCCCAAGAGAAGCUAGAGAUCAAGCUGAACCCAGAUGGAAGCGGUCAGCUGCAUGUCCCGGGCCUGACCAGCGUGGAGGUGCGCAGCCUCCGGGAGAUCCAAAAGAUGCUCUCGUUGGGGAAGCGGAACCGGGCCACCCACGCCACCAACAUGAACGAGCGCAGCUCCCGCUCACACGCACUCCUCACCGUCACCAUCACCGGCACGGAACGGGCCAGCGGGACUAAAGUCACAGGAAAGCUGAACCUGGUGGACCUGGCUGGCUCGGAGCGCGCGUGGAAGUCCGGGGCCCAGGGCGAGCGGCUGAAGGAAGCCCAGAACAUCAACAAGUCCCUGCUGGCUUUGGGGGAAGUGAUCCAGGCGUUGCGGGCCAAGCAGCCCCACGUGCCGUUCCGCAACUCCAAGCUCACCUACCUGUUGCAGGACUCCCUGGGGAAGGGCAGCAAGACCAUCAUGAUGGUCCAGAUCUCUCCCUUGGCGAAGAACGUGGGGGAAUCCAUCUGCUCCCUCAAGUUUGCCCAGCGGGUCUGCAAAGUGGAGCUGGGGCCGGCCUCGCGACGCGUCGACACCUCCAAUGCGGCUGCCUGAGGUCUGGUGGUGCCCCUGGAAGAGGAGCCCCCCCUCCUCCACG